CAACAGAAAUACGACAGACAUGUUCUCUACUACCAAAAUGAGAUCAAUGUGCAUUAUUAACCAAAUUAAUAGGAUAAGCAUUGUGAACCACAUAAAAGGGAUGCCAUCAAGGGGCAUUGUGAACCACAUGAGCAAGAUGCCAUUAUCAAGCGUUGUGAACCACAUAGGUCUUCUGAGAUCGGUGUGUUCUGUGAACCAGAUACGUCAGAUCACGUCCAGUUCCGCUAACCUGAAGGAACUGGUGGUUGAGAGGUUAACAGGAGAACACGAAGGGGUUGUUGUCUUUGGGUUCAACCGUCCUGAAGCCAAAAACGCCAUCAAUGCCGCGAUGUUGGAGCAGUUCCACGAGGCGUUGGAGGCGCUCAGGGUGGACCGGAAGGCCCGGGUCAUAAUACUCCGGUCCCUGAUCCCCGGCAUAUUCUGCGCUGGGGCGGACCUCAAGGCUCGGGCCACCAUGACUAACGAGCAGGUCACCACCUUCGUCAAUAAGACCCGUGCGGCCAUCACGGGUCUGGAGACGUUGCCCGUGCCCGUGAUUGCUGCCAUCGACGGUGCCGCCCUUGGUGGGGGUUUGGAAUUGGCCCUCGCUGCCGACAUGCGCGUGGCUGCGGACACCGCCAAGGUGGGGCUUGUCGAGACGAGGCUCGCCAUCAUCCCCGGGGCGGGGGGCACCCAAAGAUUACCCCGCGUCGUGGGGACCGCUAAGGCCAAGGAACUUAUUUUCACAGCUGCGGUUCUCACAGGCCAGGAAGCGGCAGAAAUCAGCCUCGUGAACCACAGCGUUCCCCAGAACCCCGCCGGGGACGCUGCCUUCCUAAAGGCGUUGGAGAUCGCCGGCAGGAUCGUGCCUAACGGUCCCGUGGGGGUGAGGAUGGCCAAGACCGCCAUCACGAGGGGCAUGCAGGUGGACCUGGCCUCCGGUCUGGGCAUCGAGGAGUCGUGCUACGCUCAGGUUAUCCCCACUAAGGACCGCCUCGAGGGCCUGGCCGCCUUCAAGGAGAAGAGAACCCCCGUGUACAAGGGGGAGUAGUUGGGGAAGGCUAUGGAUGCUUAUUUACCGCGAAGUGAAAUGAUCGUAAGAUCGUAAAUGAAACCAUGAUCGUAAGUGUCGUAAAGCAACGAUGAUCGUAAGUGUGGCCAUGGUGUAAAGGACUCAAAGUCCUUCUUUUGUGGGGAUAGUUUGAAAAUUUGUCUGAAGAUUUGAAGAAUUUUUAAAAUUUGUUUUCAAACUUCUUAGUGUACAAAUUCUGGUGAGACGUACGACACAGGAUGUACAGUACGUGACGGGCGCUAUCUGACUCGAUGAUAUUUGCACACCUAAUAUACAGGUAGUAUACAUGCAUGUAUAUCCAGUUUAUAGGAAGUACACGAAGGUACUCAGCUUUUGUAUGGGUCUUGUUCGGACAAUUUUUAACUGUUUUUUGUUGUAAUUUUUUAGUGAAUAUUUUUGUAGAAAACAUACAGAUAUUUAAUCUAGUUUUUACGCACUUAUUAACAUGUGUGCGUUACAUGUUCCGUGUUACUAUUUACUGUUACUUAACAUGUAUACGGGCAGUAACAUGUAUGAUUCGAGUGUAAUAAAACAUACACGUUA